AGUUUCCAGGGCUGCUGAACGCCGCCCCUUCUAUUGAAAAAUCGCAAAAUCUCUGGCAACGUGUAGCUCUUGGGAAAGUUCCGGUCUUGCGCCCUGUAAUCUGUGGGACAGAGAAGAGAGUGCAAAAGUGUGUUCUCUUCCACCAAUUUUUUUUAGGGUUUACAUUAAUCUCGACAUCUCGAAAGGAAGAAUUCCAGGGGUUAAGAUGGCCAAGCGAGAGCUUUCCAGUACUCUGAGGAGCUUGAAGUUCAUGCAAAGGGCAGCUCAGAAAGAGGAGAAAACUAAGAAAGAAGAAGAGGUCAAACCUGACUUAAGUAGCACCGUUAAGAAGAAGUGUGUGGUCAUUAUGGAAGGGGAUCCCCAUCCAGGAGCAACUAUUGGGCGAAUGUCAUUCCGAAGUUUCAAUCCUACUAUUGAUAAACUGAAUGAAAAAGCAGCAAACAUAGGCCGGCCAGACAGCUCUGGUGGAAGAACUUUGUCUAGAGAAGACGGAUCAUCUGAUGGAGCUGAGUGCUUAAAAGUUGAUACAGAGAAUUGUGAAACAAAUGAAGGGCUUAAAAGAAAACAAUCUGGUGAAGCUUCUGAACCAUGGUAUCCAAGUAAAUCACCAAAAAAUGGUCAAGGUGUUCAAUCAUCACCAAGCAGCAGCAGCAGCAAAGCCUCCUCACAUAAGCAACCAAAACGUGAGAAGCUGGAUUGGGAUGUCCUUAGACCACCAAAGCCUCAAAAAGGUGAGAAACUAAAUUGACUAUAGUGUGAAACUCUUUUUCCAUAGCUUUUUCUUUUAAGGCCUUCAUAUGUAACCUUCUUAUCAUAUUUAUCAGAAGUCGAGUUAGUCAUUUAAAAUAUUCCUCGUGUGAACUGUUCAGCUGUAGAGGAAUAUAACCUGCAUGUAUCCGAAUGAAAUUGUCCAAGGAAUGAUUUUGCUGAAAGAAGUGCUUCAAUAUAUUAUGACACACACC